AUGCCUGAACCAGCCAAACCCGCGCCCAAGAAGGGCUCUAAGAAGGCCGUCACCAAGACCGCCGUUAAGGGAGGAAAGAAGCGCAGAAAGUCCAGGAAGGAGAGUUACGCCAUCUACGUGUACAAAGUGCUCAAGCAGGUCCACCCCGACACCGGCAUCUCUUCCAAGGCGAUGGGCAUCAUGAACUCUUUCGUCAACGACAUCUUCGAGCGCAUCGCCGGUGAGUCGUCUCGUCUCGCGCACUACAACAAGCGCUCCACCAUCACGUCGAGAGAGAUCCAGACCGCCGUGCGUCUGCUGCUGCCCGGUGAACUCGCCAAACACGCCGUGUCCGAGGGCACCAAAGCCGUCACCAAGUACACCAGCUCCAAGUAAAGCGCCGCUUUCAUCCGCCGCACACAAAGGCUCUUUUAAGAGCCACCCAUGACGUCACUAAAGAGCUUCUAAUUUUCGGUUUAUAGGAGUCGUGUUGAAUCUUUGCACGUCUCGUUGAUAAACAUUUAUAUUAUUUUAUUAUACGAAUAAGUUAAUAUUCCGUCUCGUGUUGUAUCUCAAAAGAGGAACACGAGUUUGUUUAAAUCAAGACUAUAGAUCGUCACGUGCCUUGACAAUAUAGAUGCAGAACAAUUGAAUGUUCAUGUGUCUGUGUAGGAGGUCAAUAAGUGGCAACUAAUCUCGUUGUCUUUAAUCUCAACAUAAAGGCCCAGUUUGUAAUUUCGUUUCAAUUCUCUUGUACAAUUUAAAACUGAAAGUUCUAGGAGCCAAACUUUGGCAUGUUUUGUUCUAACAUUUUUCAUUCAAAGGCUGUUUGAAAACGAUGAAUAUACAAUUUUCUUUUCAACAAAACAAUUUGAUUGUACAUAUUUUUCUUUAUCUAAUUCUCACUUUUUAUGAACUGUAUCUAAUGUAAAAGCUAUUUUGUUGACGUCAAAAUUAUAAGAAAAACCUAACAUUGCAUUGUUUAAAUAAAUG